AUGACGGAUCCGGAGAUUGCAUCGACCAGACAAAAGCGCACGCUCAAGGCCUGUGACUUCUGCCAUCGGAGAGGGCGACGGUGUAGGAUCGAUCCAGACGAAGGGGCACGAUGCCUGACCUGCAUCGAAUAUGGAGUCUCGUGCACUUGGACACGAAUAGCGGCCAAGCGUGGUGCCAAACCUCGGAGUGAGAAAAUUCCGGAUCACUCGUGGAUUUUGAAUGAUGUAAAACAUGGGUCUCGAGAGUUCAUACAGGAACUACUGGACAUUUUCUUCGAGUCUGUCUAUCCAGUUGCUAUUACCAUUCAUGAGCAAACAUUCAUGGAAAGAUGGCAUUCGAGGCAAGUGCCCAGAGGACGGGCGUCCUACGCCAAACUCAUGUCGAUGUGCGCUCUCAGUUCAUACCGCAUCACCACGGGCGCUACAUUCUCCGUUCGUGAGACCUCCCAGAAUCUCGACCCUAAUCUCUACCUCAACGAGGCGAUCGCAGCAAUUCCCGGUACAUUCGGCGAAUCUCUCGAAUUCGAAUACCUGCAAGCCAUCGGCAUUGUAUGUCUGACAGCUCGAGAAUGUGGAGACGCAUCCGUGCUACAACAGUUCCUUGGCCUGUACCACGGAGCACUUGCAGAACAAGGGUUCUACGACGAGAGACGCUGGCCUGGCGACAUAUCCGCAAUUGAGCGAGAAGAACGACGCAGACUGUACUGGCAUAUGUACCGGCUUGAAGUCCACACCUCUCUUGUCCUGGGACAUGCUGUACGUUGUCCGGAACUACAGUCCGCCGUCGCUUAUCCAAUCAUACCGGAUCAAGAUUAUACCGAGUCUAUCGCUGACAUGGAAUGGCUCAGUGGGUGGAACUUCAUCACAGACAUAUAUCGCGGUAUCGAGCACCUCAUCUCAUACUUCAAGAAUCACCGGAUGACUAUCAGCCAAGAAAACCGCAAUCUUUCGACCGCGUUUCUCCUGGAUUAUGAUCCACGCGAAAAGAUCCUGGCCCCACUAGCCACGACCUUUCAAAACUUGCCUGAGCGAUUCAAACGAGCUCGCAAGGCAUCUCGAGAUGUUCGACAAAACCGUUGUGGCUUCCAGACGGCCAAUAUCAUAGCUACAUAUCAGCUUUUGCGGAUGUUGUCAUUCACUGCGAGUGAUACUACUUUCCAUGAAGCAUGCCAGACCGCCCUAGAGUUGAUCGAGGAGAUAUCUGCUAUCCCACUCGAGUAUAUGCGGGCCAUGGGUUUGGCCAUGUUGCAAGAACUAUCAGGUUUGGGUCAUAUUCUGAGCAGCUUCAUCAAGAAAGGGCUGCCCAAAUCGGAUUACCAGCAUUUGAGGACGGUGAUGCUUUGCAUGUCGGAACUGCUCGGCAAUCUCGCAACAUGUCUCUCAGCUGCGGCUGAUGCGGCUCAACGGCUUCGCGCCUAUGUCGAAGAGAUAGACCGUUACCUCAACCGUCCACAGUCACCAGUACCGCCAGCUGUUGACGACUUCCGACACUACAACACCGAUGUUACGGAUCAGCAUUCAUAUGACUCAGAGAUAGUCAUUCCGCUGGAGUUGUUGCAGCGGAUACCGUGGGACUGGGCAGAGCAAUUACAAAUUUUCUGA